AUGAAGAGGAAAACAGACAUCGCCUAUUUAACAGAUGUUUACAAAAUUAAUUUGCAAUUACAAGGCGACAGUUUAAAUUUGAUUAAAACAAAGUCCAUCUUAUCAGCGUUUCUUGCCAGAGUUAAAUCAGUGAAGCAAAAUUUUGGACGGGGCGAAUUUUCUCAGUUCCCCAAUUUGUCACAGACAAGCUGCCAGGAAGACGACGUUUCAACUUACGUUCAACAUUUAAAUGCCCUCUAUUCAGAUUUUGAAUCUAGGUUUGAGGAUAUUUCGACUAUGGUACUACCACCGUGUAUAAUUAAUCCAUAUGGUGACAUAGAAGAAACGAAUGUCAUAAUACAAGAGGAACUGACUGAACUAAGUACAAACGAAGAACUUAAGGUUCAGUUUAAAAACGGAUAUCAGCAAUUCUGGCUGCAAAACAACAUACCCGUUACUUAUCCCGUAUUAAGGAAUAUACCGAGGAAAUUUUUAAUUUCCUUUCCAUCGUCAUACCUAGUGGAAAGGGGGUUCAGCGCUGUUACCAAUCUCCUAACGAAAAAUAUGAAACAGACUGGACAUCAUUAG